AUGAGUAUUAUUAUUGUUUCACCCCGGUUUGUUACUUCAUAUUAUUUUCAAAUUCGAGAAGGAAUUUUUUUUCCUAAAUUUUUCUAAUAAUAAUUCUAAGAAUCAAUGUAUCUUUAGAACUCAGAGUACAAAAUGAUUUCAAAUCUUGGUUUAAGUUCAGAUCAUGUUGUCUUAAAGGCUUAGCAUAGUGAGACUUAAAAUGUAUAUGCUAUAAAGAUUGAAAAAAAACCAGGAAUUGGGUAAGUGGAGACUGAAGUUUAGAUUCUUUAGUAGCUAUUUGGUAUAGAGGGAAUACCUAAAUUAAUCUAAUAUGGUAAGACCAAAGAUUUUAAGUACUUUAAACAUUUAACUUAGAAAUUAUCUAAUCAUACCACUGCUAAAUUGCAGUUUAUAAGAUCUAGGAAAGACAAGCUUACUUUCCUAGAACAGCAUACUAGCAAUAGGGUUAACUGUGAUAAGAACAAUUAAAUAAGUUCAUAACAAGGGAAUAUUGCAUCUUGAUAUUAAACCAUAGAACAUAAUGAUAUCACAACGAUAAAUAAUUGACUCAGUAGAAUAAAUUCUCAUACCUGGGAAUGUCUAAUUGAUCGAUUUUGGGUUAUCUUAAAAUUUAGGAAAUCAAAAGUUCUUAAAAGAAACCUUUAUUGGUUCAAUAAGAUUUGCCAGUCGUCAAUCUCAUAAAAAGGAAUAGCUGGGUUAUAAAGAUGAUCUUGAANGUUCACUCAUAUUAAAUACUCAAAUUCUGACUAAGGUUUCCAAUCUGGAUCAGACCUCCUAAUUCUAUUGA